AAUGCCUCAGCUUUCCUUUCCUGCAACUUGGCAGGAGAAAUGCUACCGAAUAAGGAAUGCACUGAGCUGAACAUUUCAAACACAGAAAACAGGAGACUGAACCAUUUUUAAUAAAUGUUCAACUUGGAGAAAAUCUUAUCGAUGUGUUCAUUAAGAGUGGGAAAACGUUUUGAUGGCACAUAAACAUUCAAAGCAAUCCAGAAUUCUGAAGGGCAAAAGAUACUUUGCCUGUCGACGUGGCUGCAUAUGAAAGAGGCAAUCGCGCCCUCUGCCUCUAUUUAAUACAGUUUUGCAACGUCCUUCCCCUCUUAUUUGGUGAAAAUAACAAGCAGCCGAGACCAAAAACUUUAUGAAAUGUAAAGAGCUCGUUGCAUCCAGUGGCUUUCCGCGAAAUGGUUGUGUUUCCAGGAUACUCCCACGGCGGUUGGGGCCAGCUUUUUCCUGCUGUUCAAUUCAUGGGCGGGAAAAGGAAACAAUGGGUGUGAGUUCUUUCACUUUCAGAAUUGCCUCCGAAGCUGGAACUGCUGCUGUGUCUUCAGCUUUUCCCAGUAUCAGCUGAGGGAUCAUGGCAGACAAGAAGUUGGGAGAAGUGCGUACAGAGUUUAUACAGCGUGUUAACAAAUCUAUCAUCAGCCAACUCUUGGAUGAUCUGCUCAGUGAGGAUAUCAUGGAUGAUGAAGAGGUGGAAGGAGUGAAUGCGAAAGAUAAGACACAGGACCAAGCAAGAAUUUUGAUCGAUAAUGUGAGAAAAAAGGGGCCUAAGGCUAGCCGCCUCUUUAUUGACUUCCUCCUGGCCCGAAAUCCUUGCUUAGCUGAACAACUGGAUCUCCAAACCUUUCCUUCUGUUAGCCAGCCAAUAAAAGGUAACAUCUCAGAGGAAGAGGUCCAGUUCCUAGAAUCUAAAAACGGGAUCAGGCUUUGUCCUCAGAAUGUAUUUCAGCAAAUACAGACUAAUGAAGGCAAAGAGAUCUACCCUAUCAAGGAUCCCAAGACUCGUACGCGCCUGGCCUUGAUAAUCUGCAAUAUCAAAUUUGAUUGCUUGGGUUAUAGAAAGGGGGCUGAAGUCGACUUGGAAGAGAUGAAGCUUCUCCUAGAAGAUCUGGGAUACAAUGUGGAAACAGAGACCAAUUUAAGCUCACAGGGUAUAACCACUUGCUUGAAGAAUUUUGCAGCACGGAGAGAGCACAAGGCUUCAGAUGGGAUGUUUGUGGUACUGAUGUCUCAUGGCUAUCAGGACAGCCUUUGUGGAGUCCACUCAGAAGACAAAGAUGUUGACAUCUUCUCCAUCAAAACUAUCUUCUCCACCUUCAACAACAUGAAUUGCCCAGCUUUGAGGGGAAAGCCCAAGGUGGUCAUUAUUCAAGCAUGUCGUGGUGACCAACGAGGGUACAAGGUGGAAAACGUGGAAGACUCAGCUGCAUCUGCUGCUGCCUCUCUCCAGUCUGAUUCACACAUCACCAUGCAAUUGCAAGCUGAUGCCGUUCAGAGAGUACAUGUGGAGAGUGACUUGAUCUGCCUAUAUUCCACCACCCCUGAUCAUGUAUCCUGGAGACACCCUAAAACUGGAUCAUUCUUCAUCAUCCAGCUAAUAGAUACUAUCAAGAAACAUGCCUGGAAUUGCAAUUUGGAAGAGGUCUUCCGGAAGGUGAUGGACCAUUUUGCAAGCAACCCAUGUCAGAUGCCCUCAAAGGACAGAACCACCUUGACCAAAAAAUUCUACCUCUUCCCGGGACAUUGAAGCCAGAUGAAGGAGAAACUACUGGACCCAAAAGCAGACAAUUUUCAGAUAUAUAGAAGAAACAUGGAUUAACCACACGUUGUCUGUUCUCCACUUUAUUCCUCAUUCCAUCAACCCAUUUUGGGAAUUUUAUGUGAUUUUUGUCUAAAUCAUAUUCAGUGUGAUUAGUAUUUGUUUCCCACAGCAGAAACGUUUAACUAUGAUGCUUAAAAUAGAAAUUAACUGAGUCAAAUUUUAACUGAGUCAAAAUUCAGUUGUAGUGGGUCCUCCCCUCUCCCCCACCCCCAUGGUAAGGAACAAUUAAUAAAUUAAAGAUUUUUAAUAAAAUAGCUGGUUUUUAAGGUCAACAAACAGAAAACCAAGGCGUUGGUCAAAAAUAUGAGUAUACCAGAUCAAAAUAAAUUAAGGCCAAACAUGACUUUUAAAUUGGAAAGAAAGUUAAAUAUUCAGAGUAAUAUUAACCACUCAAAAUUGUACGUUAUUUUAGAAAAACUAUGGAAAAGUGUGAAAUGCAAUUUAAAAAUAUUUAGUGAAAUACGAUCAAACUAAAAAUAUCAGUACUGUGCAAAAGUGUUAGGCAGUUGUGCAAAAGUGCUGUAAAUUAAGGAUGCUUUAAGAAAUAGAAGUAUUAACAGUUUAUUAUUUGUAUCAAUUAACAAAAUGGAAAGUACACGAACAGAAGAGAAGUCUAAAUCAAAACAAUAUUUGGUCUGACCAGCCUUUGCCUUCCAAACAGCAUCAAUUCUUACACUUGCACAAAGUAAGGGAUUUUGUAGAGUUAAGAGUCAAGUAUUCAGAUUAACUAAUUACACCAAGCAGCUACUAAUGAUCAUCAAUUUCAUACGUAGGUUGAAAUACAGCCAGAAACAGCUGUGUAGGAGGCUUAAAACUGGGUGAGGAACAGCCAAACCCUGCUACUAAGAUGAGCUUGUGGAAGAUAGCUUCAUGUCACAGGUCAUACAAAUGGCAAAAUUGAGCACAGGAACAAGACAUAAAGUAGUUCUACUACAUCAGCAAAAUCUCUCCCAGGCAAAGAUUUCAAAGCAGACUGGGGUUUCAAGAUGUGCUGUUCAAGCUGUGAGUUCAGUCCCACAGAACAUAUCAAAAUACUAGAAAUAGAAUUUUUCCUGAUUGCUACCCUGCUCUGAAUUUAACUCAAAUAUUUUAAAAGUCAUUGUAUUUUUAAGUAUUUUAAAAGGCCUAAAAAGUUUGGGAUCAGAACCCUAUGUUACUCAACUGAGGAGGAGGAGGAGGAGGGAUACAGGAAAGAAUAUUUUUCAUUUUUGUAGGAAGAAAUAUCCUUCUGGGUUCAGCUCCAAGUGGGGAAAAAGACACUGGAAACAUGGAGACUGCUUGGAAAGAUGGCUUAAUGGUGGACAGGAUCACAUGGUUUAAGUUCCUGAACAGAAAAGGGCCGAGAUGCUGAGAGUCCCUGGGUUUUUAUGCUCUCUCUGGGUUUUGAACUUCCUGGGGCUCAGGAAGAGUAUCCUGAUUGGUUGUCAGACUCCCAGGGGGUGGGGGUCUUAGCUAGCCUUGCUGGCUGAUGUAAUCUUCCCAGUUGCUAUGUGGUGAGUUUCUGUUGCUAGAUGGGUCCUAUUGUGUUGCAGAUGAUGGUCCAUUGACAAAGAUUGAGUUUCUGCCUCUGGCCCAUUGGCAAAGGGUGGGGACAGGAAGAUGUCUUUAAAACAUGCUUCUCCAUUUCUCAUCCAGGGAAACAUAAUAUUCUGCCUUUUUAAUAUUUCCCAAAAUAUUUCAUUUUUCUAGGAAAGGGGUGGGUGCUAAUUUCCUACAAUUUUGAUGUAGCAGUUGUGGAAUAAAAUGUUCCCAAAGGCCAUCUGGCCCCACUGCAACAAACCUUUUAUCAUUGUGUAACAGAGUACAGAUUUGUUGAGUAACCAAUUAAAUAAAGAACUGUUAAUAUCCUAGCUGUUUUCUCUGUGAUAUGUAGUUUUAUUCAUUGUAUAUUUAAAAAAAAAAAUUUGUUCA